CCCCCGUGUAAUCCUUCAUGGACGAUGGAAAGCUCCUCUCCGCUCUCCAUCAUCAUCAUCAUCUGCAGAAAAAUGCGAGCGGGGAACGGCGAGAAAAUGUCAACUCGGGUCGCUCGCCCGCGGCCGCAGACAUGAGCGGAGUUCCGUCUGCCUCCCCCGCCCGCAACACGUCGCUCUCACCAUGCGGAUCCACUGCAAAGUAGUUGUGAUCGCCGUGUGUUUCGGAGUUUUCCUACUUUUGUACUUUUUGGGGGGCAACGCCGCGGACGACCCGCUGUUGAAAGAAGUUGGAGAGGAGGAGGAGGAGGACGGCAAGUCCUCCCCGUCGCCCCCUGAGCGCGGCCGCGAUGUUGCGGCGAAGUUUGCCAGGAAAUCGUCCGCCGGAGUCGGCGUGCGUGCGGAGGAGCCUCCCCGGGGACGGAAAGAGCGGAAAGCGAUCAGUCGGGGUGCCGGCGUGAAUGCAAAGAGUAGACCGCGGAAUAAUGUAGUCCGACCUGUGAUCAAGCGCACCCGGGUUGAGGAGGUCAUGCACUUGGCUGUGGUGGCUUGUGGGAACCGUCUGGAUGAGACCCUCACUAUGGUCAAAUCGGCCAUCCUGUUCAGCCUCAAGAAGAUCAAGUUUCACAUUUUUGCUGAGGACCCUUUGGCCCCACAGUUUGAAGAAAGGCUGAACCAGUGGCCUCGCCCUGUCUCAUCCAAGUUCCAGUACAGCAUCUACCCCAUCACCUUCUCUGUGGGGAACGCUGACGAGUGGAAGAAGCUCUUCAAGCCCUGUGCUGCUCAGAGACUCUUCCUUCCCGUCAUCUUGAAGGACGUGGACUCAUUACUCUACGUGGACACAGAUGUCCUGUUCCUGCGGCCCAUGGAUGAUAUCUGGAGUCUCCUUAAGUCCUUCAACAGCACCCAGCUUGCAGCAAUGGCUCCAGAGCACGAGGUCCCCAAAAUUGGCUGGUACAGCCGCUUUGCACGCCACCCUUUCUAUGGGGUCACGGGGGUCAACUCUGGUGUCAUGCUGAUGAAUCUUACAAGGAUCCGCAGCACACUGUUCAAAAACAGUAUGAUCCCCAGUGGCCUGUCAUGGGAAGAUCUCCUACAUCCACUUUAUCAGAAGUACAAGAACCACAUCACCUGGGGAGACCAGGACCUCCUCAACAUUAUCUUCCACUACAACCCAGAGUGUCUCUUCAUCUUUCCCUGCCAGUGGAACUACAGGCCUGAUCACUGCAUGUAUGGGAGUAACUGUAAAGGGGCGGAAGAGGAAGGCGUGUCCAUUCUCCACGGCAACCGUGGAGUGUAUCAUGAUGACAAGCAGCCAGCCUUUAAAGUAGUCUAUGAUGCAAUACAUGAUUUUCCCUUUGAGGACAACAUGUUCCAGUCCCUCUUCUACCCCAUCCAGACCAAGUUCCUGGACACAGUCAACACCCUCUGUGGUCGGAUUCCUCAAGUCUUCCUCAAGCAGAUAGAAAAGACCAUGAAGAAAGUUUUUGAGGAGAAAGUGGUCCGACAUGUCAGACCACACAAGUAACUGAUGGAGAAAGAGGACUCUCUCUUUUAUCUGACAACACCAAGGACCGUCUUGCUGUGAAUUAUGUGUCUUACCAGCAUCUCCCAGAUGGAACUGGCGGCUCAGCCUUUGCAGUGUAUUCAACACAUGACACUUCCUGGAAAAAAUGGUCUAAUGAACAUUAUAAUCCUCUAGUGAUGGUAUGGGCAAUAAGCCUAUGCACACAGAGAAGCAUACAGUGCUGGUCAGUGAUGCCCUAGAACAGGUUUGCCUUAUUGCCGUCUUAAAAUUUUCACAUCCCAGUUAUGUAGGUGGUGAUCAAAUAUAUAAUAAUGUUGGAAAGAUAUAGUGGGGAAAAAAAAAAAGACUGCAUGGAUUCUUUUUUGUUAAGAAUAAAUAAGGUAUCAGCUCUUCAUCUCAAGUGUAAAAGCAAAACUGAAGGCAUAUUUUUGUCAACCAAGCGUUCAACAAAAGUAUCUACUUACGUUAUAUUUCCUCAUGAGCAUGGUAUCCACUAAACAAAGUCAACUUUGGACUUUGGAAAGCUUUACUACUCUGAGUAGUAGAUUCAUAAACCACUCCUUUAAAAUCAUGUGAAUGUUUUACCAGCAAAUAACUUGAAAUGUGAGCCUGUGUGAAUGAAAAGAGUUGUGAGUCGUUGGUCUGUUCUGCAGUUGCCAAAUGCCACUGACAGUAUUAAAUACAGUACAAAAGGGGAAAUAUGGACUUUUAUGUUACACACCGAAUGUUAAAAUGCACUUUCAGAAUGAUUUUAGGACUGGAUGGUUGGUUGUACACAUGUCAACUUUAUAUGCUACACUGUCGAGCAAAUCAGUACCGAAAGCGCUAGCAUUUAAAAAUGACAUACUACAUACUACAGCUGAUUAUGUGCCAUAUAAAUAUUAAUGUCUGCCAUGUUUACUAUUACAAGGAAAUGAGUGGUAUAGGCGUGUGUGUCUGAGAAGAUAUCUUAGUUUGUAAUAUAAUGUAUGUUACGUUGUGAACACAUGGAUCAUAUGUUUUAGCAACAUCACUUUAAAUGUGGUUUGAUGGUCUAAACAUAUCAGAUCAUUCAAACUGGAAACUUAAAAUGGCUGUACAGUCUUCGUUUCUAAAUAAAACAAUGCAAUGUACUGAGCCUGCUUCAGCCUGAUUUACACAUCUAUGCAAUGUAUAGGUAAUAUAUGAAAGCAAUACAAAUAGUUGAAAUGCACUCUUCUCAAAAUUGUAUAUC